CCGGGAAUAACCGUCACAGCAGUGAGCGCGCGGCAGCAGCUCUGGCAGAAAGUGAAAAUAAACAUCGACAGACCUCCGUCCACCGACCCGUGUGGCAGGUGAAACUGUCAGCCUGAGCCGCUCACGGCACUCCAGACUGUCCCAUUCUACAGAAAUCACAACACUGGCAUCUUCACCUGCCCACGCCCUCUCCCUGUCUCCUGCCAUGCCUUUGGACUGAGGUCCAUCCCUCCCACCCGCUGCUCUCACCACAGACUCGCAGCAAGUGCAUCAUGGUGGAUGUAACCAAAUGGCCCCUUUUCAGCCUGAUGGGGCCCCAGGAGCUCUCCGCGAUACGGAAAGCAUGCGUGUUUGGGAUGUCUGCUAAUGAGGCCAUCUACAUUACCAAUGAUGAUGAGGUGUAUGUGUUUGGGCUGAACUGCAGUAACUGCCUGGGCACCGGGGACAGCCUGAGCACUAUCGUGCCCAAGAAGGUGGACUUCUUGAGUGGGAGGAAGGUGGUCAGCCUGAGCUACGGCAGUGGACCCCACAUCCUGCUGGCCACAGAGGAUGGAGAACUGUUUGCCUGGGGCCAUAAUGGUUACAGCCAACUGGGAAACGGGACAACCAACCAAGGAGUAGCUCCAGUGCUCGUGUCUGCCAGCCUGCUCAAUAAGAAGGUCACAGAGGUGGCCUGUGGUUCUCACCACUCAAUGGCUCUUACGGACUCAGGAGAAGUGUAUGCGUGGGGCUACAACAACUGUGGUCAGGUGGGCUCAGGCUCCACAGCGAACCAGCCCACACCACGCAGAGUGUCCAGCUGCCUGCAGAACAAAGUGGCUGUCAGUAUCACCUGUGGUCAGACCUCAUCUCUGGCAGUAGUGGACAAUGGAGAGGUGUACGGUUGGGGCUACAAUGGGAACGGACAACUCGGACUUGGAAAUAAUGGGAACCAGCUCACUCCCUGUCGCCUCGCAGCUCUGCAGGGAUUUUGUGUGCAGCAGAUUGUGUCAGGCUAUGCCCACUCGCUGGCACUUACAGAUGAGGGCUUGCUUUAUGCUUGGGGCGCCAACACAUAUGGACAACUGGGCACUGGCAACAAGAGCAACCAGCUGAGCCCAGUUCAGAUCAUGACUGAGAAAGAGAGGAUUGUGGAAAUCGCCGCCUGUCACUCCACACACACAUCGGCUGCUAAGACCCAGAGUGGUCAGGUGUACAUGUGGGGCCAGUGCAGGGGCCAGUCGAUAGUGCUGCCUCACCUCACACACUUUACCUGCACCGACGAUGUCUUUGCAUGCUUUGCCACCCCGUCAGUGAUGUGGAGGCUUCUUUCCAUGGAGCACGAUGACUUCUUGACCGUGGCUCAGUCUCUGAAGAAGGAGUUUGACAACCCAGAGACAGCUGACCUCAAGUUCUGCGUCGACAGCAAAUAUAUCUACGUCCACAAAGCAGUUCUCAAAAUCAGGUGUGAACACUUCAGAUCCAUGUUCCAGUCCCACUGGAACGAGGACAUGAAGGAGGUGAUCGAGAUUGACCAGUUCUCCUACCCAGUGUACCGCUCCUUCCUAGAGUUCCUGUACACAGACAAUGUGGAGCUGCCUCCUGAGGAUGCUAUUGGCCUGCUGGACCUGGCCACUUCGUACUGUGAGAACCGCCUCAAGCGUCUGUGUCAGCACAUUAUAAAGAGGGGGAUCACAGUUGAAAACGCCUUCUCCCUGCUGUCUGCGGCUGUGCGCUAUGACGCAGAGGACCUGGAAGAGUUCUGCUUUAAGUUCUGUGUUAAUCACCUGACUGAGGUGACCCAGACCGCCGCUUUCUGGCAGAUUGACGGCAACAUGCUCAAAGAUUUCAUAUGUCGAGCCAGCCGCUAUGGUGCCUUCAAAAACUGACCUUGACCCUUGAUGAAUACAGAUACAGAUGCAGAGACUGCUGUGGCAGCUCCGGGAGUGACUUCUUAAAGGACUUCAUCACUCUUGGUCACCUCCACGUACCGUCUCUGACAGGUGGUUACACCCAGGGAAUCUUCAGAUCAUCUCCAUCACUGUCACACCUGUAAAGUCAUCUCAUUACAGAUUAGAACCAGUGCGUUCAUAGCCUGAGCUGUCCAUAGCUAAAGUACAAGUCUAAGGCUGACAGGAGGCAGCGCCACUUCAGUCCAGUGACAGCAGCUGUUUGCCGCAGCACCUGACUUCCUGUUCAUUCACACAUGCUGUGUAAAACAGGGUCUGAAAUGCAGUGAGAGUUGUUCAUUCUGCUAACUUGAAAGAUUCUUGCCAGUUGCCUGAUAUCACUUUACUUUUUCUAUUAUUCUGUUUAAUUGACCAAGUUGCUUCUUUAUUAUUUGCACUUUUUGGAAUAUGAUUUUAUUCCUCUUUACUAGAUCUCACAGUUUGGAUGUGCCAUCUGGAAUCAUCGUUUUCUGGUUGAGCUAUGAGGCUGUUUGCACUUGUUCUAUCCUGACACAUACAAGAACUAUUAAGACAAAAGAAUGACAUAUAAAGAUGUAUUAAAGCCAUUAUUAAGUCUGCUGAGGUUAUACUCCAGUCUUAGUGGCUUCCACCGCUGCAAUGUUGUGAGAGAUCUAAAGGAGGAGAAAUCAGGUUGCUGGUCUUAGAUUCAGUCUUAAACCACAACAGAUGUGAAAAUGCUACAUUUGUGGAUUCAAAUGGGUGGAAAGUAUUAUUUAAUGCAGCAUCAAUUCCACAACAUCAAGAAGCUUCUUAAGUUUGUUAUUUUUACCACACAAAACACUUCAGUUGGUUUUAAGAGGCAGUUAAACGUGCCUGUACGAGGCCAUUAAAAAAUGGGUUUACAGUGAGGCAUGUUACUCAGAAGGGCCUGAACACCUUAACAUCCACAUGAAGUAUCUACUGUAGCAAGUUGAAAACCAUAUUUUACAGUAUUAUCAUUUUUUUUAAAGUUGUUAAGUGACAUCUGCACUACUGCUGUAUUUUGAAGAACGUGUAUGCUAAUUCCUAUGCAGUACCUUUCUACUUUAAAAUCAAUAAUUAUGUCUGAUUGGUUGAUGAUCAUGUGCCAGUAAAUUUUGUGACCUUUGCAAGCAAAUUAAUAAAAAGACUGAGUUUUCUGUCAAGUA